CUGCCACUGCGCACGUCUCAACAACAGCAGCGGCGACGAUGGCAUCACAACCAGGAGCUGCACCAGAUGCAGCCCAACAGCAGCCACCACCACCUUCAACACAAGCACCACCACCACCAGCAGCAGUAGCAUCAUCUUCAUCACAACACCCGCCAGUGCCGCCCAUGUCACAGCGGCCGCCGUUCCCGCCCCCGCCAGGUGCAGGUUUCCCUGGGUUUCCUCCACAGCCGCCGCCGUUUGGCGCGCCGCCACCGUUUCCACCACAGGGUGCGCCGUACGGCAUGCCGCCACAGCCGCCCGGGAUGCCGCCUGCUCCCGCGACAGAUGCAGCCCAGCAACAGCAGGAGCAAGCAGCACAGGCAGACGGUGUGAAGCAGGAAGAGACCGGGGAAACUGGCAGCGCACAAGCGGGAGAGAACGGCACAGCGGGGACAGCACAGCCAACGGCAAAUGGAGAACAGCAGGCAGCAACAAAGCAAGAGGAACAGGACACAACACAGGCAGCUGCGCAAGGAGCAGAGGCAGGGGAAAAUGACACGGACCUGUUGCCGGAGAACAACACCAUCUACAUUAACAACUUGAACGAGAAGGUCAAGGAAGAUGAGCUGAAGAAGGCGCUCACCGCCGUCUUCAAGCAGUUUGGCAAGAUCCUGCAAAUUGUGGCGAUGAAGUCGUACUAUCGUCGCGGACAGGCGUUUGUGGUGUUUGAUUCUGUCGACAGCGCCAAGGCCGCCAUCUCCGCCAUGCAGGGCUUUCCCUUUGUUGGAAAACCAAUGCGCAUCAACUUUGCCAAGACCAAGUCGGAUGUGAUUGCAAAACGGGACGGCACCUUCAAGCCGCGCGAGAAGAAGCCCCUCCCGCCAAAGCCUGAGCAGAAGAAAGUGGAGUCGGACGAGGAGGAGUCUGAGGAUGAGGAGGAGCACGGUGCACAGCCCCACAAGCGGGCGAAAAUGGAUGAGCAGCCUGCAGCAGCGCCCCAGCAACCGCCGGCGCAGCAGCAGCAGCAGCCACCAGCAGGCCCGCCAGGGUACCCGCCACAGCCGUAUGCAGCACAGCCGCCAGCAUAUGGGCAGCAGCAGCAACAGCCGCCGCCACCGGGAGCGCCGCCAUCGUAUCCGCCAUAUGGGCAGUACGGACGCCCGCCCGCGCCCCCGCCACCGGGCAUGCCGCCGGCUGCGCCGCAAGUGGAGGAGCCCAACGCCAUUCUCUUUGUGCAGAACAUCCCUGCAGGCACCACCGCAGAACGCAUCACAAACCUGUUCAAGCAGUUUGCAGGGUUCAAGGAGGUGCGAACAGUCCCGUCCAGGCCCGACAUUGCCUUUGUCGAGUACGACAACCCCAUGCAGAGCGGAUAUGCCAAGGUGCAGCUGCACCAGCACGAGAUUGCGCCUGGGUCCAAGAUCACAGUGGCUUUUGCCAAGAAAUAGUGUUGUCUGUGUGUGUGUGUGUGUGUGUGUGUGUGUGUGUGUGUGUGUGUGUGUGUGCGUCCGUGUGUGU